AUCCUCCGCGAGUCAAUGACGAAAACUUCCUCUGUGAUGCGCACACGUUUUGGUCGAACGACCAGUGUUGCCUUUGAUGGACAUGGCUCUGUACACGACUUUCUGAAAAUGCUCAAGAAUGAAAGGUUCAGAUACAUGCCACAUGAUGGCUCCAAUUGGGACAAGGUGCUCAAGUGGGCUGAUGAUAUUGGAGGGGUGGUUCUUCUCUCUCACGGUGUCUUGAACGACUUCAUGCUCAAUAGCGAGGAUGCUAUCCGUCUCAUUUGUGACACAACCGCUUCCAUCGACUUCGUAGACUUUGAUUCUUACAUUGCUGAGGGCACUGCCUCCUUCUACAGUCACUUGGAGACUGUGUCUACUUCAAUGUGGACUUCAGAGCGACAUUGCUCGCACUUUAAUAUCCAUGAGAUCCGCGAAUUCCUGUCCCCUCAGGAUAGCGUGGUGAAAACCAUCAUGUCGAAUCAACUAUACUCCGAGUUCAAACGUGCGGAGUUCACCUGUGAAUGGUUUGGUCCUCACCUUAGACGCUUUACAAGGAACAGGAAUAAUAAGGUCUUCCUCGUUACUGGCGCUGUUUGCACUGGAAAGACGGUUCUUGCGCGAUGGAUUUAUGAAAAGCUUCAAGAGUCUAUUGAUGACGAACGCUAUGAUGUCAUCACAUACUCUGUUGAUACGAAUGUCAAAUACACGACGAGCCCAUUGACUCUCAUCAAGAGUCUACUGCUUCAGCUCUUGGACCGAAAGAUUGGACACAAAAAUCUUCUCUCCUGUAUCGCAGAAGCAAUAGAGCAUUCUCAGAAAGGAUGCUCACCUGCCGAGGUUGAGAAACUCCUUUGGUCUGCUCUCGAGGCGUCGCUUGAUGAUAGCAAACUCCUGAUUCUUAUCGAUGGCCUCGAUCAGCUUUCGGGAGUACGCAUCGGAAACCCCCCUGCUUUGGAAACACUCGACAGAAUCACAAGGUCAAGGCCCAACGUCAAAGCCAUUGUCCUCACUCGACCUGUCAGUGAGUCAGCUGAAAAGCAUUGCUCUGAACACCUUAGUCUCGGAAAUCAUACAGAGGCAGCUGCAGAUAUCCAACAUUACGUCGAGGACUUCAUUCAACAUCGUUCUGAGCUUCGCAUGUUGAAACAGAGCGACAAACAUGAUAUCAUCCAGAAGCACAAGGAAGCUGCCAAUGGAUCUUUUCUUUGGGCUGAGUUGCAGCUGCAGAGAGUCAAGCAUGAGCAAUCCGGGUCUGCUAUCUUGAAGGCUUGCAACAAGGCCCCAAAGACUCUUGACGAGUCGCUUGAUCUUCUCAUAGGAGGUCUUGAUGCAAAAAGAUCCGAGACAAAGCACAUUUUAUCCUGGAUCUUGGCCGCUGAGCGUCCUUUGACGCUAAAGGAGAUCAAAUCACUACUUGAGGUUGACCUGGAUGGAUGCGCUUACCGGCCAUUCCCUGGAGACGUUGAGAAGAUGGUCCGCCAGCUCUGCGGCUCCCUCGUUGUUAUCCGUGACGGAUUAGUUUACCUCCGCCACCCGAGCAUCCGGGAGCGCCUCCUGUCUACCACGUCGGCAGGCAAUAAGACAACCAAGUUAGUCAUUGAUUUGAAGGAGGCACAUCGCGAAUUGACUGUACGCUCAAUGGCUUUCGUCAAGAUACACCUACACAGCGAUGUCGAGCCACAGUCUGAGCUCUGUGAUACCCGAGAGAUGGCUGCGAAGUUCUCUACAUACCACCUCCUAGAGUACGCGGCCCGGUACUGGGUCUUUCACUUCCGUUCUUCUUCAUUAUACGAUCUUAAGAGCAACAAGCCGGCCUUGACUACCCAAUUCAAGAUUUGCUUCUCGAAUGCUACUCGGCUAGCGCUUUUGGAAGGCUCCUGCCUUUCCCGUCAGUACAUCGCUUGCGAAGCGGAGAAGCUUCAGAACCUGGCCUACAACAUCAGGAAAACACUAUUUGGAGAACACUCAGCCUCUGUUCUGCAAAGUCUCAUCCUUGAACUCCGACUUGGAAGGAAGUUUAAAGGCGCCCAAGCCAUGUCAGAAUAUUCCUAUGUUGCAUGGAAGAUCAGCCUCCACAUCUGCUCCACCACCGUUACCAGAACGCUAGCCGAAGCCUUCAUUGAGUAUUCGCUCAGCCUCGAUAUCUCUGAGCAUGCCGAGUUAUGCUCUAGGAAAGAAGAGAUUCUGAAGUACCUCAUCGAUGUUCUCCAGCAUGAACACCACGAGUCGAAGGAGGUCCACUAUAUGAAGAUUCUCGCAGAGCUUUAUAUUGAGAUUCAUCAAGUCGAAAAGGCGGUUGCCAUCUAUCGUCAGCUUUACCGACUUCGCUUGAAGAUCUGCGGACAUCUCCACCAGGAGACCCACCAGCUCUUCAUACUUUUAAUCAAGUACCUAAAGACUCUUUCGCUCUACGAUGAAGUCCUUGAUAUUACGUUGGAUUAUCACCUGCAUCUCGAGCAGACUUUAGUCAUCACGGACGAACGGCGUAUCAAGUCGACUCUGAGCAUUGUCGAGAUUUACGAGGAGCGGAAGGAGUUGUUUAAGGCUGAGGAGAUUCUUGUUCGCUUCUGGAAGUGCGUCUCUGUUGGGAAGAGCACGACUCGCAUCACUGAACUGAAGAUCGACUUCGCCCUAAAAUACUCCAAGUUCCUCUACCGAUAUUCUCGCAAAGAGGAGUCUGAGGUCAUUCUACGUGGUGUGUGGACCGAGAUCCAGUCAUACAACUACGCGGCUCGUUUCGAGUCUACGAUGAUCAAGCGCAUUGAGAAGAUCGCGAAGUACUUCUCUAGGCUUGAAGUUUUCGCCAUGUCACGGUCCAUAUACCAGUCAAUCUAUGAGCAUUAUGAGCGACAUGAGCAGCGAACGUCUACCGAGUGCAUUACGAUUGUUCGAUCCCUUGCAGAGACCAUCACUAAAUCGAUUACCUUCUCGAAAACGGUUUCGUCUUCAACUACUACGACGACAACAUCCACCACUACAGUAAUUUCAAAGGAAGAAAAAACACUCUUGGAAGUCUUCGAGUAUUCACUGGAGUCAACUGAAAUUUCUUCCACCACAAUUUCUAUCUGCCAAGCUCUUUGCUCCAGUUAUAUGGAGGAGAAGCGCUAUAUGGAGGCUUGCGAGAUCUACAGCCGCGUCAUCUGCAAAGUGUGGGCCUCAAUUGAGAGCACAUCCAUCCAUAUCGACAUAGGAGCGAUCGCCGUCCAUCUCACGGAAGAGAUUAUCGAGCUCGCAAUCAGCCUUGCCAAGUGCCAUCUUGAAAUGCUCCACGUCGAAAUCGCGGAGGCAAUUUACUUCAAUAUCUUCCGCGCUCUGAUCUGCACCCGCCACAUUGAGAGCAAACACUUCUUGCUCGCGAAGAUUAAGGUUGUUAUAGGGUUCUUCAAGACGGUUUACAAUUACGAACGCGUCAUUGAGAUCUAUCGCGAACUCUUCUUCUGGAUGCCAAUCUGUUUUGGAAAGACGCACACCGAAACUAUCACCAUUCUGAUCGAGUUUGCGCGGGUCUGCUUCCGCAUGAGGUUGUACCAAGAAGCAAUAACGGCAUGCCACUAUGUUUACUCGUGCUUCCGCAUUGAACAUGGUUGUCUGCAUUUCGAUGGCUUUGAAGCUGCACUACUGCUUUGCGAGCUCUACGAAAUUCAAUGCAAGUGGGAGCUUGCUUACGAAGUCUACGGCUGCUUAUGGCGAACUUUCAUCCGCUUCGGACUUGAGUACAAGCUGGAUGUCACAAUUAUCGAAAAGAUCUACAAGAAGUACAGCUUCAUUCUGGAGCACAAGGAGAUGGUCGAAUACAGCGUGCUCCUGCAGGUCUCCCGAGAGUACUACGAGAAGUGUGUGGAGUACUACCACCAUCACCACGAAAUUACGGUCAAGGCAACCCUCGAGUAUGCACAUAUCUGCGAGCGCAGGGAGGAGCACUACGAGACAACUAUUUCUUUGUACAAGCAGAUCAUCACAUACUGCAAGCAGACAAAGUCCGAGUUCACACAGAAGACAUUGCAUGCCUGCAACACUCGAAUCGCGCAGAUAUAUGCAUCGAGCACCAAAGAGAUUCACAAGGCUGUUGAGAUCUACCGAGAGCAAUUUGAGAGUUCCAAAAAGACCGAACAGACUUCAACAGAAACGAUCACCGCCCUCAAAAGUUUAGUUACAGCAUACAAAAAACAGAGUACCGCCGAGUCGACCACAAUUGCCACUCAGACACUCAAGAACAGCGUUAUCGAAAUCUUCCAGCAUGAAAGCUCCUCUGAGAAACUCAUCGAGUCCGCAAGAAGCAUUGCCUCGAUUUACAAAGAAUGCCGCUAUGUACAGCAAGCCGAAACACUCGUUCAGGAGAUGCGCAGCAAAAUUGUGGAAGAGAUUCGGGGGUCGAUAUCUUCAUCCACCAAAGUCGAAGCCAAGUCAUACGUCUUUCUUGCAUCAUUCCAAGAAUGUAUUUCCGAGUCAAGCUCGUUCUCCUCCAUCAUGGCAGAGCUCCGCAGUGAGAUCUUGAUGUAUGAGUCUUAUUUCAACGCAACCAAGACUCAGACAGACUACCGCUCUAUCAUUAGGUCAGGAUGCGGCCUUUACUUACAUCUUGAAACGAGGUCCGAGCGCCAAGUGGAGUUCAAGAAGAUUGAGAAAGAGCUUAUGGAGUACUUCUGCAAAUAUCUCAGCUUCUCUCGAACUAUCAAGGAGACAGUCAUGCACUUCUUCUUCCACCUCUACCUCAAGCAGAGCAGCAAGACGUCCUGCGAGCAAGAGGUUGUCAAACAAGCUACUGAAACGGUCUUGCGCUUCACGAAGACUGCAAAGUUUUCCGAAGCGUACGAACUUGUGUUAUUGAUUGAUCGCUUCAUUCAUGUUCACGGAGGCUUCCACUCUGAAUUUUACAUUCGCACUGCUUUUAACCUCGCCAAAUACCUUGUUGGUAUCGAUACGGGUAAGUGUGGCGACGAGAAGCUCUAUGCAGUUAUGUUAGAUCUCUCUAGAGUCAUCUUGCAGGAAGCUUUGAAGGGCUUGGACAAGAUUGAUAUGGAACUAAGCGAGUUGCAACAACUGCUGGCUGAUCUAGUCUGCAUGUUGAGCGAGCAGAAGAAGUAUGAAGAUCUUGAACGCAUCCUCCAAACUCUCUGGCAAACACGCCAGGCCAGAAACACUCUCGCCUCUUCCCCGCUCACCCUCUGGCUCGGCCGCUGCCUUAUUCAAACCCUCGCCUCGCUCGACAAAUUUUCGGAUGCUACUCAUCUGUGUUACCACAUCCGCUACAAUCUCGCAUACAUCCGCGGCGCGCUCGACAGAUCGACUCUCGAAUUCACAGUCCUACUCUCUGAACUCUAUACCCAGCAAAAACGCUACCGCGACGCUAUGGACCUCCACGAAGACAUCUUAUGCCGUCUUAGUGAAGGCCAAUCUGCUCCGGGUCUGGAUAAACUCCGCGUUGCAAUGCAGCACACUGAACUUCUCAAAUUCACGUUCAAGCGGCAAGGCAAGUGGGAAAAAUCUUCGCAGUACUACUACGACGUGUUCAGCGCACUGGACGGUCGCUUUGCAGGAGACAAAGCCUGGACGGAGAAGCGCCCGCAGUUGGAGAAGUGGAGCCCGGGUGUCAAGGAAGGCGAGACAUUUGGUUGCUGGAAAGCGCCGAAGAGAUUGGAGUAUGUGUUUGAAGAGGAGGAGACA